AUGAAUAAUAAGUAUUUAUACGCAACAGAUAGCGAAGAAAGUGACGGGGAAGGUGGUUUGGGUAACCUUAACCGACUAAUCGUCCGGCCGCCGGGGCACAGUGGGAAAGCGAAACGCGGUCAUUUGUGUUUCGACGCGGCCUUCGAAUGUGGUAACCUCGGCCGAGCUGAUCACAUUACAGAGCUGGAGUAUGACCUGUUCAUCCGACCCGACACCUGCAGGCCUCGAUCCAGGUUCUGGUUCAACUUCACCGUCGAAAACGUUAAACAGGAACAACGAGUCCUUUUCAAUAUAGUCAAUAUGGGUAAAGAGUAUACACUAUUUAAUGAAGAAAUGACACCUAUAGUACGAUCAACAUCUCGUCCGAAAUGGCAACGCAUUCCACGGCGCCUUAUGUUCUAUCAUAAGUCUAUGAUACAUCGUGGUCGUAAAAUACUAAGUCUAGCAUUUGCUUUUGAUAAGGAGGAAGAUGUCUAUCAAUUUGCAGCUGCCGUGCCAUACUCUUAUUCAAAAUUGCAAAAGUAUUUAGCUAUAUGGGAAAAAAGAGCUCAAGGUUUUGCCACAAGACGAUCUAUUGCGCAGACUACGCAAAAACGGCGGAUCGACCAUCUCACUAUUGGAGAUACUGUUAUUGGGGCAGAUGUUAAAGAAGAUUUGAAUACAAGGGGUAAAGGUCCAGAAAUAAAGAAGAGGGUAGUUUUAAUUUUAGCACGAACGCACGGCGGCGAGCCACCGUCGUCUAUUAUAUGCCAAGGUUUUCUGGACUACAUUAUAGGUUCAUCGGAGAAAGCUUUGUCGUUACGAAAUGGCAUCCGUAUCGAGGUGGUUCCAAUGCUCAAUCCUGAUGGUGUAUUUUUGGGAAAUCAGAGGUCAGAUCUAUUAGGUUCCGACCUUAAUCGGUGUUGGAACCGAGCUACAACAUUUGCACAUCCAGCUCUUGUUGCUGUUAAUGAUCUCAUUCAAAAGAUAAAUGCUGAAAAGGCAAGUACCCUACAAUUGGACUUCAUAAUAGAUAUUCAUGCUGACCUUAGUCAUGAGGGAGUAUUUGUUCGUGGUAAUUCCUAUGAUGAUGUUUACAGAUUUGAACGUCACGCAGUUCUACCUAAGUUCUUGGCUAUGAGAGUUGAAGCUUGGAAGCAGGAGUCAUGUCUUUACAACACUGAUUCUAUCAGCGCGGGCAGUGCGCGUCGAACUUUACCGACUGGGACCGUAGAUGCAUACAGCCUGCUAGCAUCACUUGGUGGAAGACGAUUGAUACCCAGGGGUCCAUACCUUCACUAUACUGAAGAUGCAUACUCUAAGAUAGGUAGAUCGUUAGCGAAGGCUCUAUGUGAUUACUACAGACAUAUAGGGGUUAUUCCACCACAGGAAGGAAUACCAAAUAAAAAGAAAGAUCCCAGAAAGAGAAGAAGAAAACGAAGAGCAGUAUAUGAAAGAGAAAGAUCUCCAAGUUCGUCUCCCGAUCGUCGUGUGUUGGUAUCCCGUGUCCUGAGUCCCCCUCUGCCUGUGAAGUCACCGCCUGCAAUUCGAGCACUUCCCCCAAGAACGGCGCGUAGUAUACGACAAAGAACGUGUGCCAGAGUACACAUUGGAGAUAAUCUGUUGCCUGCUAUAACUGGUAAAGCAGUUUGUUUGCCUAAGCUGACUGUGGUAGACCUCAGCGCGUACAUUCGUGCCCCAUCUCAUCCCACCCGUCAAAGAAGAGUCCCUACGUCACGUCGGCCACGUGUCAUCACUAGCGACGAAUAUGACACACUGACUGACUAG